AUUAUCGAAUACUCUGUGCUCAGUAGCAAGAGUCUGUCUCUGAUCACGAGGUUUUCUUCGUGCGUCGAAUACACACGAAGGUGCAAUUUAUUCUCAAGUUUCGUAGUUUUUCAUUCCCAUCCACGCUACGAUUAGUGAAUUUACACCUGCACAUGUGUGCAAGGGAUGCAAAUGUGACUAAAGUGACAUUUACAAAUUCUCCCAUACACACAUGUCACAUCUGUACACAGUGCAUAAAUUUCAAGUUGCGUGGGUAGUUUACACGCGAAUACAGCGUGACUAAGGUACACAAUAUAUGCAACAGACAGGUUGUUGUCCAGGGGUGUAUAACUGAGCCAUUGUUCCGUCUGCAGCAUUGCCAACAAUGCUGCUCCGGAGGAAAGGAAGUCUCAAUAUACUCAACGUGUUUAUCGUUGGUUUGGUUACGCAGACAGAAAUUGUCACGAGCCUCAUCAACUAUGCUGAAAUACGGCGCAACGAAACUCCGAUCAUCUUGGAGUCAAGACGGGCAAUGUCAUCUAGUCAAUUGUUGGAAAUGGACGAUAACUGGGCGGUUUAUAGACCAUCGUACACACUUCAACAGGCUACGGAACACUUUCUCCACUAUGGAGCCUUCCUACGAAACCAGAUCCUCGAUACCUUCGGGGCACUCGUCUACGACCGUUACGACGAUUUCAGCACAAGACAACUCGAAGCUCUUUACAAAGUUUACCAAGCCACGCUCAGGAGGAAGUACAAUAUUUUUGACAUAGCACCGAGCGUUCUCGAGCAACCGGACAUUCGGUCUUCAAGUAUAUGUCGGCAUAUUAACAAUAAAGUUCGUACAUGCUUGAGGAGAAGCUCACAGCUGUGUGGAACGAUCCAACAGCACACCAAUCCAAAUCCACGCCCGGUCUUGACGCGAGUUUUCAACGUAACGCGACAUAUGUUCAAGACUGUGGGGUUCAAGCAACAGUUUCCAGAAGGAUUUUCCUUGCCAACUAUUUUACAGCGCCUGAAAUCGGGAGAUCUCUCUAUGACGUCUGGUCUGGUGUCCGGACUCCUGCAGAACGUUCAAUAUGGUAGUUUCAACGACGAAGUUCGUACGGCGGAAAAAAAUGUCAUGUCGUUACUGAUGUCCGAAAGAUGGAGAAGCGGUCGUAAGCUAAGUGAUAUGCCGAGAGAUCAGCUGCGAGAGGUUUCGACAGUGAACGAACUGCUUAAGAGUAUUUUUGACGGUCGGAAAUCCAUGUACCAUAGAAAUGAGAAAAACUUUGACGUACUGUCGCAACACAUCAUCGUCAAGGUCGAUACCAUUAGUCCUAACAUUGAAAUUCUUGGUACGGUUUACGAUAAUAACACCAUCCACUUGCGGUAUCUUUUCGAUGUGGUUUUACCGCCAGAUGAUGUUGACAGCGAUAUCAGUGACGCGAAAAAUUACCUUUUAAAGAAGAUGCGGGAUUUUGACAUGGUGCGAAAAUAUUUGAAGGUUGAAAAAUAUCAGCAGAGUGGCCCUGAUCAGUUGUUGAUGGAAAUACUGAGGCAGAUGAGAGACAUCAACUUUGCCCCUGAUCUAGUGACGGCUCUUCAGAGUCACGUUCGCUUCUGGCACCAGAGUCGAAUGAUAAACAAUCUGAACGACUUGCUCGAUCUUUUUGAUUCCUACGAGAAUCUUCGAAACGUUCCAAAAUUUUCAAACCUCGUCUCGUUGAUGGAUGAUAUACGGAGCAGUUUGAUGAAUUCAAAGACCGAGCCGAUAGAAUUGUUAUGCAGUAAGCCUAGAUCUUGUCUGCAGCGCGGUUUGAAGAUUAUCGCAGCGUGCGCUGUAGCAAAUCCAAAGAUCAAAUAUCUCCUAGUUAAAUUGUUCGAAAAAUUGAAUCCCGAUGGGUCAAUUUAUAUCGACAACUGUAAGCGAUCGACGAAUCAGGUGUUUACGGAAAUAUUAGAACCUUCGUUACAGGCAAGAUCAGGUAAUCCUGGUGAAGUAACAAGCAAGCUUACAGUUCAGAAUGACUCUAAUAAUCCGGAGUCGUCUACUGUACAAAAUACAAAUAACGCAGACCAUGAAACGGCAAAGAAAAUGAUCGCCGUAGAAAAUUCUGGGGUAAGACAGGUAGUGGCCAAGCAAGAGGCAAGUGAGAAACCAAGUUCCAUGGGAAAAAGACGAUGCUUGGAAUGCUUGGAAGACGAAAGUUUUGAAUCAGAUUUCUCAGAUUAUUUUGAUGGUGAUUUGUAUGACAGUUCCAGUUCGGAAGAGGAGGAGUACCGCCAGGGGGACGGGUGUAUUGGAAAUAAUUGUCCGCCACCAUGGAUGUCCAAUAAGGCGCAACAAUGUGCAGACGGCAAGUGUGAGAAGCCAUCCUUACCUGAGCAUCCGACCGGAUGCGUCGACCCCGAUUGCAUUCAAUUUCCUCCCCAGGGUGUCAGUCCUCCUGAAUGUAGUGAUUCCAAUUGCAAUAAGCCUCCUGAUAGCAAUAAAUUAGUUUGCAAUGGGAAUAAAUGUCGGCCCAGCGGUGAGGUCAACCUUUGGACACUAAAUGAAGGUGGACCUAUUGGGAUGGGUCUGCUCUACAAACAGUGCAAUUUGAAAGAUAUAUAUUAUCAAAGAAGGCUUCAUCGACUAGAAAAGAUUCACUCCCUAGACUCCGUUUAUUCAACGAAAUCGGUCUCUACCGAAGUUGCUGCCAGUUCUAACAAAGAUUCUUCGGCUGAGUCGCAUGGCCGAUCCUCAUUGCCUAAAAAGCAACCGCAAUCAUCGCAUUUGGGUCGUUCAGCUCCUCGAAAAUCCCCACAAAAUGAAGUUUUGACGCGACUUAAUCGUACAGAGAGUUUUUCGUCUCAUCCACUGGGCUCACGCUCUGAGCUGUCUGAUAUAGGAUCGGGAAUUAAAUUCGGCAGCCAUGCAGUAAAGAAUCUUAGAAAUAAGUACAGGAAAAUGAAUGUGAAUGAAAGUCUCGGUAGAAAAAAUCGUCACAACGGAUUGCGGCGGCACUUCAAACGUGGUUCCCGAGGUGUUGUUGCCGAAGAAACGCGUGGUUCGGAGGUGAAACCACCAAGGAACGCGGAUUAUCAGAGUGCGGCAGUUGAUGAUCAAGUUGUGGAGCAUCCAGGUGUGUCGAAUCAUUAGACGAUGGAUUCGGUUAUCAAGAAGAAGCAGAGGAUUGACCAAAUGAAAACGGACAAUGUUCCAUACAAAACUCAGACUCUUUGAUCAUAUGAUCAUAUCACGUUCAGAAUUGGACACCGGUUGGAUCCAGGAAACCAGGAGAGACCAGUUUUAAUCUGAGAAGAAGAAUCGUACUAUCACAACAUUUAGCAGCCUAUUUUAGCAAUAUAACUAUUUCACAAGCUUGCAGAUAUUGUACAUGUAGAACGGAAGAUUAGAAAAAACGAGAAAGGGAAACUAAGAAAAAAAAGAAAGUAAAAAAAAACAAAUCUCAAGACAACUGACUUGACUAUAUGUUUCACUAGUAUUUUUUAUAAUCAGUAUAUGAGAUCAUUGUUCAAUCUGAACUAAAUUUGUAAUGGAUUACCGGAACGGAAGCGGAAGUUCAGAGGUUAAUUACCAUCGUUAACUGCGGCUAUAUGUUUGUCCCUUACGGGCCAGGCAAAAUUUAAGUAGAUAGUUCGACCGAGCUCUGAAAGCCGUAAAAGCGCGUGUCCGAUAAAGAAGAGGUUCUAUAAAUGUAAGACAAGACUCGCGUUGAGAUGAAAUUAAAAAUUCCCAAUAUCUGUCCCCCUCCCCUAUUUCUUUCAUCUCCAUUUUUCACGAAUUGAAUCAUUUUUAUCGUCAUCUUCAUAUUUUUUGCUGAUUCACUUUCCGUACGUAGUAUAAAUAAUACUAAUUGGGAAUUACGAUAACGUGAUAAAUAAUUAUGGUGAUGGACUUUGAAAGUAAAAUGGAAUCUAAAACUCCAGCACGCUAGAUCAUAAUUAUCUGGAGGACAGUGCAUCUGGCUCGUAACUGUUAUGAAUUUACUUAGUUAGGAUUUCUUUGAACGAUAAAAUUUUU